GUCAACGUGUAGCCUAAUUGACAGCCCAAAAAGCUUGGUAAGCUACCAUUCAUUAAGAACACCUAGCUCCAUUUUCUCGAAAUGUCAAGAGCCACUAAGCGUUUGAAAACUGAGAACUCCAAGGCACAGGAACUGAAGGCACCUCAUGAGAUGGUCUUAAGCUCCAGUGAUGUGUCUUUGGAGAGGAAUGACCGAUCAUUAACCCUUGAUCCGUGUGAGAUUCUUGAACCAAAUUGGAUGUGUUUGGAGCAGUUCUUUCAAUCGCAAAAAUCAGAACCUCCAUGGUUUUCAGUUGAGACCAACUCUCCUCCAUCAAUAAUAUCAAAAGUACACAUUGGAGAAAGUCUGGAGCAAUCUCCUGCGAGUUUUGAUCUCAAGAACAAGCUACUAGGCCCUGGAGGGAGUCAUCUAAUGCACAUCCAAGCUAAAACAGGAGCGGGCGUUAGUCUGAGGGGUAGAGGGGCUGACGAUUGUGAAAUGGAAGGAAUGGAUUCCGUGGAACCUAUGCAUGUCUACCUCGAGCACUAUUCUUAUGAUAGAUUAGAAGAGGCUAGAGAGUUGGCCAAACAAUUGAUCUUAACAGUGCAGCAGUGGCUAGUGGGGUUCAACCAGGCCAUGGCUACAAUUCCAGCACUAGACUCCACAGCAGCUGACGUUCCCCAGCAGCGACAAACUAAUCAAGAGAACUAACUGUUCCCUAUUGUCUAAAGAAGUGCUAGAAUUCACGAGAGCCGUUGAAAACCGAAGGAAAGAAAUGAAUGCGUCACCAUCGUAAACCUUCAGACCACAGGAAAUUUUCCCUGUUAUUUCUCUUUAAUUACUCGUGAUUAACCCCUCCAAAAUAAAAAUAAAAAUAUUUUUAAUAAAUAAAUAAAUUUAAA